AUGGUUUGUAUGACAGUAUCACAUAAGCUAUGUGAAACUGAUUACAUCCCAGCAGUGUCGGAGGAAUUUAUGAAAGGUGAUGAGUAUUUGUGUUUCGAGACAAAUCUAGAUUACAUAAUAGAAAAAUGUAAAAUUGGUCUAAAUAAGAUAGAAGCAAAUAAUAUUGAUAUUGAUAAAACGUAUGCAAAAGUUAUCUCUGCAGUUGAGAAUACGAAAAAGGAAAUCAUAGAAGAACUUGAUAAAUUUGAAAAUGAUUUGAAAGAGGAAGUAAUAGCAUACAGAAAAAAGAACACUGAAACAAUGGAAACAUUAAAGAAAGCGUAUGCAUCAGUUGAAAAGAAAAUUAUAGACACAAAAACUACAACAAAAAGGAUGAUUAAAGAUAAAAAGUACAACAUGCCCUUCUUUGAAGUAAAGCAAGCUUUUGCUAAGAUUUCGGAGUAUCAGUCACAUAUAUAUGAACUGUCUACAACACUAUGCAAACAAGAGUGCGAAUUUCAAAAGAGCACUCACCUAAACACAUUUCUUACUAAAGAAAGUAUGUUCGGUACGAUACAUGUUCAUGACAUAGAAUUGGGUCCCUGUAAUACACCAGAGAGAAUAAGCACAAAACCGUUGUGCCAUAUCAACAUCAAAAGCAAAAACGAUAAGAAGACAUGCUAUGCAACAGGACUUGCUUUCAUGUCAUCCGAUCAAUUGGCUGUUGCUGACAAAGCAAACAAAAACGUGAAAAUAGUGGAUGUUAGCUACAACAAAAUGAUAUCUGAAAUCACGUUAUCCUCAAGUCCGCGUGACAUCACAAUUAUACCGCCCGACCAGCUCGCCGUGACAUUAAGGGAUGAAAAGAUAAUCCAGCUAUUGUCCACAGCACUUGGUCUUACAAAAACUGAACAAAUAAAGACAGACGGACAUUGUCGUGGUAUAAUGUUUGAUAACGGAAAUUUGAUAGUAACGUUUGAUACUUUUGCCGAUUCCAAAAUUCAACUGAUGACCAUAAAAGGUGAGGUACUGCGUUCAAUUGACCAAAGUGAUGAAGGAAAGUUCUUUAUGGAGGAACCAAAAUGUAUAGGACUUUCACCUGAUCGUAAACAAAUGUAUUUGACAGAUCUCACAAUGAUGUCUAUUUAUAGGCUAUCGAACUUUAACAAAGUUACAGCGGUUUUCGAGGAAAACCAGCAUUUUAUGGGAAUUGCCGUAAGCGGGGGUGGAACUGUUUAUGCCUGUUCAAAGGUAGACGAAGCUGUGUAUCAGUUAGAAGAUGACCUGUCAAAUGCAAAAUUCAUUUUGGGUCAGACAGAUGGUAUACGAGGGCCGAUAGCGCUAGCAGUUUGUCAUGCAAGGAACUUGCUCGUUGUAAGCUGUGGAAAUGGUGGAGCUGAAGUUUGUGACAAACUUCAUGUAUUUAAAAUUAUACAAACUUGA